UAAAACAAAACAAUAUAUGUGUAAUUAAACAAAAUUUAUAAAUAUAAAUAUAAACAAAACAACUAUUAUUUAUUUAAGUGGCAAAACGCUUAAACUGUUAACAUACUCGUAUGUUAAAGUGUAAUAAACAAAUAUUGAAAUUUAAAAUUUAGUGCUAUAUUGAAAAGUUUAAAGUACUCCAACACCACCACCACAACAAACAAAUAUUUGGAUUAAAUUAAAAUUAUGGAUCCUUUAUAUAAACGGAUUUGUAGAAGAUUUUCUAAAAAACAUAGGCCGUCCCUUAGUUUAGAUAAUACCAUUGAAACAUUAUUAAUUAAAAAUGAAAAUGAUUUCAUAAGUGUUGAACAGGACAAAGAUCCACAGAAUAUAAUUUCAUUGUCUGCACGUAAACGUCAUUCGCAGCAAUUUCAUCAGGCACCCAAUGCUACAGCAGCAGCAGCACAACAUCAAAACUAUCAACAGCAGCAGCAACAGAAACGUGAUGAAAAUAUGCGACAAUUAUUGGAUGUAACAAAUACCCUGACAUUUGAAGAAUUAAGAGAUUUUGAAAUGCGUUAUGGUUCCCCUCAUCACAGUCGAUCACAGUCAGUUAAAACGCCUGGCAGUAGAGCUUCAGGUCGUCCAAAUCAAUUAUGUCUGCCACAACAAAGAUCAAGAGUGGCCUCUAUGCCCAAUACCGGAGUGGAGGAAGAAUACUACAGAUUAAGACAUUUUUCGAUAACCGGCAAGGGAGUAAUAAAUCGUGGUGAUUCCUUAAAAAGUAGACGCAGUAAAUCAAAUAACAGUGUAGCCAGUUCAAAUUCAAGCAAUGAACAUUUAACAACCCAACUUCAACCUACCCAAGUACAUUCUGCUCGCAACUCAGCCACUUGCAGUUUAGCCUCAAGUCGUGAAAGUAGUACUUCAAAUCCGGGCAGUGGUCCUUACAGAGUCCUUAUGCUGGGUGGAACCGCUGUGGGUAAAAGUUCUUUGGUCUCACAAUUUAUGACCUCAGAAUAUUUACAUGCUUACGAUACCAGUAUUGGCAAUAAUUGUAACAUUCGUAUACAUAUCGAAAAACCCGCUGACGAUGAUGACUCUGGUGAAAAAUCUGUUUCAGUAUUAUUGAAUGCAGAAGAAUCGGAAUUAAUAUUUAUCGAUCAUCCUUAUGCCGAAAUGACGCCCGAUGAUUGCCUGAGUAGUUAUGAUCCACAUGGCUAUUGUGUCAUAUAUUCUGCCUCUGAUCGUAGUAGUUUUAGUGUGGCCGAACAUAUUUUACAAGUAUUAUGGACAAAUCAAAAUAUUGCCCAAAAGGCAGUUAUUUUAGUGGCAAAUAAGGCCGAUUUGGCCAGAAGUCGUUUAGUGAGUGCUGAAGAGGGCAAAGCUAUGGCCACCGCAUACGAUUGUAAAUUUAUAGAAACUUCAGUGGGUAUUAAUCAUAAUGUGGAUGAAUUAUUGGUGGGUUUAUUGUCACAAAUACGUCUUAAACUAGAAAAUCCCGAAAAAUCCAGGGAUAUGUUUAGAAAACGUUCUAUAAGAAAAUCAAAGAGAAGAGCUUGCUCGCCAUUAAGUGGAGCCUGUUUAACGGGUGGUACUAAUCCCAAUACACCUAUGGGUCCCACCAAUAAUAUAAUAUCGGAUGUCAAUACACCACCUGGUAGUGCUCACAGCAGUCCCCGUAAAUAUCGUGGUUCCCGCACUUCUACUAGCUUAAAAGUCAAAGGCUUAUUGGGCCGAGUCUGGGCUCGAGAUUCGAAAUCAAAAAGCUGUGAAAACUUACAUGUUUUGUAAACUAAUUUCUAUGCCACUAUACUUGUACGCAAGUUGAAUUAUAAUAAUUUCAUUAUAUUUAGUUAGUUCGGUGUAAAGUUUGACAGAAAACAUAAUAAGUAUUAUUUACAUUAUCAUCGUUUACUAAAAACAAGUCUAGUCUAUAACGUACUUAUUUGAAUGGCUUAAGUUAAAUAAUUAUUUUGAGUUAAUUUUAGCUAAUAGAAUAUUUUACUAGAGUAAAACUUAAACUAUUAUACUAUAUUGUUUGCCACUAAAAACAGCAAAAAAACAUCCUUUUUGAAAAUGGGUCCACUUUAGAAUGAAUAGGGUAAAAUACCAUAUAACUUAUUUAUAUAUUUAAAUAACUAAAACAUACAUACAUAUAUACAUUGAAUUUUUUUUAUAUAUAUAUAAACUACAUACAUAUAUAAAUAGAUGUUUAAAAAAUGUUUGUUGAAAACAAGAAAAUUCCAGUUUUUUUAAGAAAACAAACUAACAUACAUAUAUACAUACAUAUGUAUUUUAUGUAAUUUUUUUGUAUUGUAUUUUCAAAAAUCUAAAUGUUGUCAAUGUGAAAUUUUUAAAAUUCCCCUCCAUUUUCCCUCCUUUAAAACAAAUAAUAUAUUAAAUUAUAUAAAAGACAUUAUUAAGCAAAUAUUUACAAAAUAUUUGUGGAUUAAUAAAGAUAAGAAAUUUAUAAAAUAAGCAAA